AUGAUAUAGAUAUUGUAAAAAAAGAAUGAACUUGUAAGAGUUUUAUCUGCAGAUUUUAUUGAUUUAAUUACUCUAGAAAAAUAUGGAAAUUAGCUUACACUUGAAAGAGAAGAACUACUUAAUGACUUUGAAAAAUUAUAUUUCCAAAAUAAAUCUAAUUACCUUUUACAGCUUCUCAUAUAAACAUAUUUGGCAGCUCUAAGUUUUAGCGGAUCAAAGUUACACUUCUAAAAAAGAAUUUCUCAUCAAAACUACCCUGAAACACUUUCUUUUCAAUAAAGUUCUUUGAAGGAUUAUUUAUUUUCAAAAAAAUCUGUAGCUAUUUUUGUCUCAAUCAAAAAGGAAUAACUUGGCCUGAUUAAAAAGAUUUCAAGUAACAUAGAAUAAGUAUUUGGCUAUACAAAAGAAGAAGUCUAAAAUUAAAAUUGUAAAGUGCUGAUGACAUCUAACUUAGGAAAAUUUCAUGAUAAUCUAAUCUAAAAUAUGAUAAACAGAGGUUCUAUUUUAAAAAAUCUUAAUGAUAAAUUAAAUCCUCUUUUAGCAAAAACAAAAUCAAAAUUACUUAUACCCAUAUCAUUGAAGCUUUAAAUAUCUCACAUUGGAGUAGAAGAUAUAGGAGUUAGUGGUUUGAUAACUUUAAAUAAAGACUAUAAUUAAAACUAUAUAGUCUUAGAUUUAUAAAGUAAAGGAUUCAGUUUAAGGAUAGAUGGGUUUACUUAAAGCGUUUUCUAAUAGCUGUUUUAAACAAUAUUUUAUUUUGAAAAUUAAGAAGACUAUUUCAAAAUUUAAGCAUCAAAAAUAUUUCCUUUACUUCCUUUUUUUAUAAAAAACUUAAAUAUCCAUGAUUUAAAACAAGAAAAUUAGCAGCCAUAAUAUGUUCAAAUGAUGGGUUUUUUUCCAUUUAACUCUUAAAAAUUACUGAUCAAAAAAAAUUAAAAUGCUGAUUUAUUUAGCUAAAAUCAGGAGAGUAUUUAUGAUUAUAAAAGUGAAUUAGUUAGUAACAUAAAAAAAUUAGAAUUUAGUACUUAUAGCAACACAUUAUUUUAAUGCCAACUUUCAAUUUAAUUUUUAUCUGAAGAAUCACAUUAAUAUUGCUAAAUUAGUAUAGAUUCAUUUUAUGAAUUAACUUUGUAAGAGUUUUAAAAGAGUUAAAUAAAGCUAGAUAUUAAAAAGUAAUUUUAAGAAUUUGGCGAUAUAAGCUUUUCUUUAGAAGAGAUAGAUGAAUAUUUUGGUAUCCAAAACAUUUCUUUAAACAAACUUUUUUCUCAUAAUCAAUCUUUGAAAAGAAUAUAAUCUGCUAGGAAAGUAGCAGUUUAAAAAGUAAAUUUUGAUUAAGAAUUAUUAAAUUAAAAUGAUUAAAUGUAAGAAUCUUUUUCAACUUUUCGAGCUUUAGAAUCUGAAAAAAGAUUUAUUUCAAUAGGAGAUCAAAUAAAUUUGAAUUCCUUUUCUAAAUAAACCUCAAGAUAAAUUAAAAAUUAAUACUUGCCAUAAAAACUCAAAAAUAAUAAUUAAAUUAAUAAGUUAAACUUAAAUACUGGCGAACAAUAUCCUGAGAAAAUACUUUUAAAAAAUAACGAAGAAAGUUAAGAAGUUUGCUUAAAUUCAAACAGGGUAGAGUAAAAUUUUGAAAUUAAUUCAGGGUUAUCCUUAGAUUAUGAAUUAAGCUAAUAAAAAAGUAGAUAAUACAAUCCAGAAAGUAAUAGAGAAAUCUCUCUUAAAAAUUUAGAAGGUUCGUUUAAAAUUAUUAAAAAAAUAUCGAGUGAAAGCUAGUCUUAAAUAAAUUCUUAAUUAAUCCACUUAAUGAAUUUCAGUGUCAACAAAAAAAACCCAAUAUCACCUACUUCAAGUGAUUUAAAUCUCUUAAAAAGCGUUGAAACAAACUUAAUCAGUUAAGCUUCUUUGCACAAUAAUGGAGAUUAAUUUCAAGAUUUAUAAUUUGCUAAAAAAUAGAAGUCUAAAUAGUUAUUUUUAAAUGGAAAAGAAGCUAAAGAUGAUGAAUAUUAUGUAAAUAACAAAAUACUGAGUAAAUACUAUGAGUCUAAGUUAUCUGUAAAAGAAUCAGCUGGUUCUGAUUAAGAUGAAAUUGAUCUUUCAAGAGAAAUAAAAAGUAUUCAAAACAUGUCAAUUUCUACAACUUCAAAAUUAUCAACAGAGAAAUCUAAAAAAAAAAUAAUUAUACACUCUAUUUCCAAAAAAAAGACAGCACCUCUUUACAUCUUGAUCAAAAUUUUCACAGUUAUUUCUAUCAUUUCAAUCUUUUCAGUUAUGAUAGCUGAGUAUCUUGUCUUGAGUGAUUAGUUUGACAAAUAAAUAAGAAGCUUUUCCUAUAUAUCUUGGGCUAUGGAUGCAAGAGUCACACUUACUCGCACAUUUACAAACGAACAAUUUAAGAUCUUGGUCAAUCAUCCUAUUUUUACUAACUAGGUUUAGGAUAAAUAACAAAAAGUGUCUGAGUAUAAUAAUUAUAUUUCAAAAUUAGCUUAUUUUUACAAAACAAAAGUGGAUUCAAUUUACCUUGAGAAGAGAAACGAUUUAGUUCUAAUCUAAUAUAUGGUUAAUUAAGAUGUGGCAAUCAAAUACUUUUUAAGUGCUAAAGACUCAACAACUUUAUAAGUAAAGCUAUUGUAUGAUAUGCUUUUUCAUUAUUAGUCAAUUUAAUAAUAUACUUAAAACGUUCCUAGCUCUGCAUUAGCUGAGGCUUUUCUUUUCUAGAAUUUUUAGAAUCAAACUACUACUCUUGCUUUGAUGUAAAAUAUUCAGUAAUAAUCUGUUACUGAUAGCUUUAGUACAAUUUUAGCUGUAGUUUAAUAAUUGUUAAUAAUUAUCUCUAUCAUUAGUGGAGUUUUAUUAAUUCUCUCUUACAAUUCAUAUAUUUAUAGCUAAAUAAAGAAAACUUAAAUUUUAAAACUUUUUUCAACUCUUGACCCAUAAAAACUUCACGAAAUGAACAAUAUACUGAUUUAAUCAAGCCAAAUUCUCCUUUCAGAGAAUAGUUAAGCUUUCCUUUUGUAAGGUUUUCGUGUAAAAAAAACUAAAGCUUAAAAAGAUAUUUAGAUUACACCCAUACCUAAGAAAAAAAAACUCACCUCCCAAACAAAUAAGUUGCCUUUGUUUAACUUUAAAGUAUAUUUCUUAAGCUUUGGAAUAUUUAUUUUGAUUUUGAUUUAUCCUAUAACAAACUUGAUAAUUACUUUGGAUCUUAUAAACUAGUCUAACAAUAACUAAAAUUUAUUAGCAACUAUUUAGAAUAUGAAGGCUUAAUCUGCCAGCAAUAUGGGUGCAUAUUCAUUAUAUUUUGUCUCAUAGUUAUAUCCUUCUCUUAAAAUAACUCCAAUAGAUAGUUAUAGGACUAGAUUUUAUAAAGUGAUUACUUAAAAUGCUGCUGUAGUUUCUGGAUUUCAUUAAAAUAUCACAUAAUAAUAGUCUUAUUCUAGUUUAGAAUUAUACCUUUGA